UGCCAGCUUCACGGACCCCUAGAGCUCUGGGGUUUCACGGCAGGAAGGAACGGGGACGAUCACGGCCUCCUGUCCUGUGCUGUGGUGGAGGCAGUCAUGGCGGCUCCGUUGGCGCAGUUUGAUGAAGACUGGCAGGAUUUCUAUGAAUUCAAGCCAGUCUCGGGGCCUCAAACCCGACUGGACCAUGUCAACUCGAAUGUCGAGGAGGUGCCGGGCCUUUUAGAGGAUUUAACCGAGUUUGACAACAGUUUAUCUGGAGAGAUAGGCAGCUUCACGUCUAUGGAGGACCUUGUGAACGAUUUCGACGAGAAGCUCGCAGUGUGUUUCCAGAACUAUAACAACAAAACCGAGAACAUAGCUCCCGUGAAACCCAUUACGGAAGAUGAUAUUCUGAAGAACGACGAAAUUUGGAAUUCUCUGACUGAUAACUAUGGCAGUGUGAUGCCGGUGGACUGGAAGACCUCACACACUCGCUCCCUACACCUCCCGACCCUUAACCUUGUGGAAAAAGGGACAGUGGAUAAUGUGAGCCUGGAUGUGUCUGAUGACGAAGAGCUGAGGGAACAGCUGGAUAUGCACUCCAUCAUCGUCUCCUGCGUCAACGAGGAGCCUCUCUUUACCGCCGAGCAGGUCAUUGAGGAAAUCGAGGAGAUGAUGCAGGAGUCGCCGGACCCAGAAGAGGACGAGACGCCGUCACAGUCUGACCUGUCCCUGCUCUCUCAGGAGAUCCAAACGUUCAAGAAGUCCAGCACCAACAACAGCUAUGAAGAGAGGAUCAGACGGCUGUCCGUGGCCGAGCUGACGGAGCUGCUGGAGGAGGUGCAGACGGCCAUUCGGGAGUACUCGGAGGAGCUGAUCCAGCAGCUGGCCGCGCGGGACGAGCUGGACUUCGAGAAGGAGGUGAAGAACAGCUUCAUCUCGGUGCUGAUCCAGGUGCAGAACAAGCAGAAGGAGCACCGCGAGCUGCUCAAGAGGAAGAGGAGGCUGCGGAGUGGCGGCGCGCAGCAGGGCCGGCCCGAGAGGACGCACACGCCCGGGACUCGCUUCAGCAUGGAGGGACUCUCCACUGCCAUUCAGAAUGGCUUCCGCCAAACGUUUGGGAGCUCGAGCGGGGACAAACAGUACCUGACCACAGUCAUCCCCUAUGAGAAGAAAGCCGGCCCUCCUUCAGUGGAAGACCUUCAGAUCCUCACCAAGAUACUUCAUGCUGUGAGAGAGGACAGUGAGAAGGUGCCAAGCCUCCUGACAGACUACAUCCUCAAAGUGCUGUGUCCCACAUAGUCCGGGAGGAAGGGCGGGGCUCCAGACCGCUUCAAUGGAAGAGUCUAAGCCUUCAGACCAGAGGAAAAGACUCUUCUUCAUGAGGAAAAACUCCUUCGAUGAGAUUUGCCUUUUUAAACCCUAAUGUUUUCAUUUUAGCUUUUCCAUUUUUGUGUGUUUUAGGUGUUUUAAUCUAUUGUAAUGAUCUUGGUUUUUUUAUUGUUUGCAUGUCAAGCGUCCUGUACCAAUUAUCAGUGUUCCUUUGUAAUUUCCCAGAGAGAUUAGCUACUGCAUACUAAAUGCGGUUUCAAAUAUUUUCAUUAAAGAUUGAAAACAUAACAUAGGCGAUAGGUAUUUAAAGAACAAGGUUGCGCACAUGUACAGUUUUGAUGCAGUUGUUUUUAGAAAGUGUUUACUAUGUUCUCAGUCAGAAUAGUGGUCACUCAUUAGCUUAUUGCUACUGAGCCUUAUGUGACCUCCUCUGCAACGAUUAUCCUGCUAGUAACAGUUACCUUGUUAAUAACCCAGUUAACAUGGAAAUUUGCUAUGCAGCAGAGUAAACCGUAAACAGGCCGAUAGGUCAGAUGGUUCAGGAUUAAGGAUUAGGGUUAGUGGCGGGUAGGAGUAGUGUAAGCUUAAUGUAGGAGGGGUAAGGUUGGAGAUGAUGUAGAUGCUUUGGACGGCCGGAGUACAGUACUGGUGUUGUAGGCUAGUAGUAUAGCUGUGAUAGAGAAGGAGUGAUGUCAUAUAGAAGUUGCGUAGAACAGGUGUAGUGUAGAGAUGGAAUUGGGCAGGGGUAGAGUAGGGCUGGUGUAAGUGCAUGAGUAGUGUAAAGGUGGUGGUGUAGUGUAGUGUAGAACCAAGGCAACAAAAGGUCUUCAUUAGUUUUGUAAUGUGUAAAUGCAUCUCCGCUAUACUUUGUUUACUGUAAGGCUUAUUGGUAUAGCAAGUCACAUGACUCUGUUGUUUGCUGCUAACAUAAAUGUACCGAUCAAGCCAGAGUUAUUUGAGUUCCGGAGUUGCUUUUUAACGUUGUCCAAAACGGUGCUGGUGAACUACAUAUUUCCAUUGUCUCGCACCAUUUCUACAUGAAAAAUGUCCCUACUCUCUUCGCAAUGAAAUUCACUUCACUGAAAACAUAGUGAAACUUAGGACACUUAUGGAAAUGCUCAUUUUAAAAUGAUACGUGUCCAUUAUAUUAGCAGAAUUAACUCCUGUACGUGUUUAAAAUUUGGUCACAUGAAUUGUAAAUAAAUCAUCAUGUUUUUCUACCACGUUGCAGCUUAGAAACAAUGGGAAAAUAUUUUAUUUUAAAGGUUCUUACAGGUUCCUCAGGUAAAAUAAAAAGGUCAUGCAAAACGUAUCAUCAUAGAAACAACAAAUCACGAGCUCUUGUAAAGAAAAUGCCUUGAAGUAUUAUUUUGAAUGACCCUGAACAUUUUACAAAAGCAUUGGAUUCUCAUGUCAGAGUGAUUCAAAUUGAAGGAAUCCCAUUGCCCCUGCCCAGUCUGUACUUAGCAGCAAGUUUGUUAGAGACGCAGGAGGUAAUUAUCAAAAAGGGACAACUUAAGAAUGAACAUGAAAUGUAAGGCUGCGCCUAAUGACUAAACCAGGCUAGUCAGUCACGGUACUGUUGUCGUUGUUUCCACGCUAAUUCAUGUGGAGACUUUAAUGAGUCUAUAAAUAAUGUCAGAGGGUCAGGGGAUCCAUUACUGGUCUGAGGCCAUCUCCUGUCUGCCUUGAGGGCUGUAUACCAGUACAGUGACUUCCACUCUAAGAUUUCAUGACCAGUGUAGUGAUAGUGUCCUGACAAUUGUACAUAACCUGUGUGGUUAUGUACCAUUGUCGGCGGACAUUUUGUCCUCGCUGACCGGUCGUAGCAGAUUGGAUUGGUUUUGCUGUAGUAAAUAAAACCAGUUGACUAGCGUGUAUAUUUUUAUAUUAUGACUUCUGUAGCAGGCUUCAAACUUUAAGCAUGCACAUUCCUGAAAAGCGACAGGACAAAAGGGAGUUGGCAGUAAUAGCAGUGUUCAGCAGCAAAAUAAAGUAGCUCUUUGUUAUUUGGUGGGAGGGAGUGGACAUCCCUUUGUAAAUCCUUUAUAAAAGUAAUAGAACUCUAAUGGGUCUGACACAGGUGCACUGGGGAUAAUUAACCUUCCUUAGGAUCUGUGAAGCAGGCAGAGGUCUUUUAUGGCCACGUCCUGUUAACAGACAUAUCCGCUGACUGACACUGCUUAGAGUCCACACUAUUAUCUAUAGAGUUAUAUUUAUGUAACGCUCAAAAUAAGGCUGCCUUUAUCAACGCCUGUAAUUUUGUACAUAGGAAAGUUACUUGUUAUUUUUUAACAGAGCAUUAUCUUUUUUUCAGCUUUUUGUCAAAUAAUGUGGUACUAUUAAUUUAUUCUGUUAAGGUUCUUGUUUUGUAACCUCUUGUCUCUUUUGGUACAAAUAAUAAGUACCAGAUAUGCUUUUGAGCUCUUUUAAAAAUAAAUGAAUUCACUGAA